GGGGAAUGGGUUAGGGUGGAACAGUCCUGUAAUGAGCAUAUUCCAGAGACACUGAGCAUCAUAUGGCUUCAGACCAUCACUGAUACACACCUUCAAAUAUGCAAAUAAAGAUGAACGAGGAAAGGACCAAAGAGCAGGAUUAACCAGAUUCUUGAUGCUUUUCAUCAGUCUUCCAGGAAAGAAGCUUCACCUCCAUACCACAGCAGGAGCGCAGAAGGGAAAAGAGAGCGAGAGAGGGAGAGAGAGCAGCAUCAGAAAAACUGCUGUGCCAGAUUGAUCUCAUUGAAUGCAUUAGAGAGGAAAUCCUGUCAUUUUUAUUUUCAAAACAUGACCUAGAGGGACAUCCGAGAGUCUUCCGUGCAUCUAGGGUACAGAUUCCCUCCCGUACGUCUACAUUUUUGCCAGCAGUUUGCGGUACGUUUGGGGCCGUGUAACGUAUGGUUGAGUGUAUCAAUGCUUCUGCUGUGUGGAUCUGUGUGGCUGUUGAAAAAAACUAGGCCUCGUUUUCCUGCCGAUCUCCACGCAGGAUACGCGGAGCGUGUCUGUGAGCCUCAGCCAGCUGGGACCGUGCGGCGAGAAAGGGAGAAGCUUGCCAUCUGCAUGCCCCUUGGAAGUAGCAUGCAUAAAAAAGACGUUCAUGACCAAAGGCCAUGCACAAACAGGCCGGAGCUAUAACACCAGGACAGUAGCCCUGGGACAUUUAUUUCCACCCCUUUAAAUUUUCUGGACUCAAAAGGCACUGUUUUUUCUGUACGUUUGAAACUUACUUGAAGGACGGAAAGAGCGUUGCUGCAACGUGUUCAUCUACUUUAUCGCAGUCUUCCUUUUUUUGCUCGCCGUUUGCUUCUUUUAACUCCACUUGACGUUCUGAAGAUUUGCCAGAACCUGUUUCAUGCAUGUCCACUGGAGGCAGGUUUGACUUUGAUGAUGGGGGGUCGUACUGUGGAGGGUGGGAACAGGGUAAGGCGCAUGGCCGGGGGGUCUGCACGGGUCCCCAGGGCCAGGGCGAAUAUGCCGGGGCCUGGAGCCACGGAUUUGAAGUUCUCGGAGUGUACACGUGGCCCAGCGGGAACAGUUAUAAAGGAACCUGGGCGCAGGGCAAAAGGCAUGGCAUCGGUGUGGAAAGCAAAGGGAGGUGGGAAUACAAGGGUGAAUGGACGCAAGGGUUCAAAGGCAGGUAUGGGAAGUUGGAAAGCACCAGCAGCGGUUCUUGUUACGAGGGCACCUGGAGCAAUGGCCUGCAGGAUGGAUACGGCUCGGAGACCUACUCCGAUGGAGGAACAUACCAGGGCCAGUGGUUGAGCGGCAUGCGGCAUGGCUAUGGUGUGAGACAGAGUGUGCCUUAUGGCAUGGCAGCCAUCAUCUUCUCCCCCAUGUGCACAUCUAUAAAUUCCCUUCGAUCCGAUCACAGCGAAGGGGCGCCCACUCCAGAAGAUGGCUCUGGUGUCAGCGGGGUUUCUGGGAGUCCUGUGGGCCGCAGCGGGUUUGUACUUUGCGCUCACAGCGACACAGACAGGCACAGGAAGAGGAAAGGACGCUUCCGACAGUCCAUACUGAGCGGUUUGAAGUUGCGGAGAUCUGAGUCCAAGAGCUCUCUGGCAAGCCAGUUAAGCAAACAGAGUUCCUUUUGCAGCGAAGCAGGUAUGAGCACGGUUAGCUCAGCUGCCUCAGACAUCAAUUCCAAUGUCAGCUUGGGUGACACAGAGGCGGGGGGCAGCGUGGACGCCACAGUGACCGAGACCUAUGCUGGCGAAUGGAGGAACGACAUGCGAUCGGGGUGGGGCGUGACCCAUCGCUCUGAUGGGCUUCGUUAUAUAGGUGAAUGGUGUGGAAACAAGAGGCAUGGCUACGGCUGUACCACCUUCCCUGACGGAACCAAGGAAGAGGGAAAAUACAAGCAGAACGUUCUGGUGAGUGGCAAGAGGAAAAACCUCAUACCACUCCGCACCAGCAAAAUCCGAGAGAAGGUGGAUCGCGCCGUGGAAGCUGCUGACAAAGCCGCGGACAUAGCCAAGCAGAAGGCAGAGAUCGCAUUGUCCAGGAUGAGCCACGCUAGAGGGAAGGCCGAGGCUGCGGAAGGGGUUGCACUGAGAGCUCUGGAGGAGUGUCGUCUGGCCAGGGCCAUUGCCAAAGAACUCUCGCCCUCCUUUCAUCAUUAUGUGAACGGAUUGGAGUGCCAGAGACCAAAGCAUCAGGAGAGGAAAGAGAAAGACAUGGAGGUGAUCUCCACCGGCACCGAGAGCCCAGAGCUCUGUACACCAGACACAACACCCCCCGCCCAGACGCCCGACCUGAGUCCAAUACUGAGCAACCCUUCCUCGCCCCCCUGCAGCCCGCCAACCCAUCGCACUAGGAACACUUGCUUCAUGCGCCAGAGUGCCAUGGAUGAACAAGGAGGAGCUGAGAUUCAGGUUCUGGUGGAAGGCAGAGGGAUGGACAACACGAGAGGGGGAGCCAACAGCUGGACCACUGACGUUUAUCCCCACAGAAGGGGAAGCAAGGGGGAGAGCAGCCGCUCCACAACUCCAUCUUUACUGGAAGAGGAAAUUGGUCACAUUAAUGGACAUGAGACAAACUCCUCGAGCCAUCACCCGUGGGAGAACGGCUCCUCCAAUCACAAGCCCAUUGAGCAUAUGGCCUCCGACAAAGUGCGGGAUCAGAUGUCCUCCGGUCAAAAGCUCUGGAAGCACGUUUCUUCAAAUCCAAAAUCCAGGGAGCGUACAGUUUCCAGGGAAAGAGAAUGGGAGCAUACGGCGUCCAAUCACGUCGACUGCGACACUUCCAAGUUCAAACCGCAGGUGCACAUAUAUUCCAAUCACAAGUCGGUGGGUCACACUUUAUCCAAUCACAAGUCCAAUGAGCAUGUUUCUUCCAAUCACAAACCAAAGGAGUUUAUUUCCUCUCACGCCAAACCACACGUUUCGUACCAUUAUAACCCCCCAGAGCAUGUGUCCUCUUAUCACAAGCAACACGAGCAUGUCCACUCCAACCACAAGCCAAGAAAGUCCUUCACCAAUCAUGCGCCCGGCGAGUCGAAUGCCAACCAGCCAUCAGACCGCGGCGCCAACAACUCCACUCUGGGAUGGACUGUGGAAAACAAUUCCCAGUGGAUCUCUUCCCAUUCACAUCUGCAGGAGAAAGAAGGAGAGAACGACUAUCGGGUUGAAAUGAGCUUCCAGCCCUCAGACUCAGUUUCCCAACAGAACUUCCCGGCCAACACGAAAUGCCUGAGCCUCCAAGGGCACAAUUUGCAAAGAAUGCGUCAGCGAAACCACGAUGGCAAGGAAUGGGGUCUGUCAGGCCGGGAGGGCUCCAUGGACUCUGUGCAGAUGCUUGACACGUUGAAUGUCGGGGUUGACGUGGAGGAAUGGCCUUUGCACAGGGACAUUACUCUUUCACCCCCUUUAUCAUCUUCUCCAGAAAACCUGGAACAAGAUGUAGAGCAUCUGAACCUGAUCAAGACAAACUCAGGCUCCAGCUCUGUCCUGGUUGUCAUGGUGAUAUUACUCAACAUCGGUGUAGCCAUUUUGUUCAUCCAUUUCUUUAUUUAAUCAUAGGGCCUAUAGAAUGUCAAUAACAGCACUGGCAUCAAGAUUAAGAUAUGCACACAAUGCACACUUAGCAUUGUCUUAUUAUAAGGAACCCAAAAAUUACCGUAGUAAAUAUCUGCGUAAGAUGUUGGUCCGUGUACAUUGUAAACUUCUUUUACGGUUCAAUUUAUUAUAUAAUUCCAUCGUAAUCCAUUAGUUAACUUUGCUUAAUUUUGUCCCCGAUUCACAAUAAAAGGUCCAUUUACGAUAUUCUGUAAAUUUCACAGACAUUUAGAUUUUUCGUAAACGGCACAUCACAUCUAAACAUUUUUUUUGCAAUUAUUUAUUUUGUUUGAAAAGACACAUCAAGCCUAAGACAUUGAGUCACGGGACUAUGAAGAUGAUUGUGGUUUUAUGUACUAUGAUAUAGUUGAUGUAAGGUGCAAUUCGCACGAAUAUUUAACCAACCAGUUUGAGACUACAUGCCCCCCCCUCACUAUAUUCCAGGGUAACAGCCCUAUAUAAUCGCUGCAGUCACAUCACAAAAACCAACUCUUUCAUUUACAUGGUGGUAAAAGCUGUCUUAAAGGGCUUCAUCAUAGCGCAUCUUCACUCAAACAAAUACUCAUGAGUUUUGCAUAAGUUAAGCCUGCAGAAAUCUUUCCACACCGCCUUCCGAAUCACUGAAUUUCAGCACAAUCCAGUCGUGUAGUUCAUUUAGACACAUUCACUGCUAUGCCAGACUCACUACUGAAGAAACCACAGCGUUUCCUCGUACACCGUGUGACAUCACAUCUGCUAUUCGACGUAAAAGUACAACAGAGGCGCGGCGGGUGGUUGCGUAUUUCAUCCAGUUUGAGACUGUUACCUUAUGACCACUGCUUUCGAUAUGUAUUCUAUAUUACUGAACAUCUUUUAACAAGUUUGCAAGAUAUCAUUGAUAUGCUGAGUGCCUUUUUUAAUUGAGAAACCAUCCCAGCGAGCAGGUUAUGUACAUACAGGUGACCUCUCAUACGAAGAUCACGCGGAACGGUUCGUCUCGAUCCGACCCCACCUUUGAACGAAUCCAAGUCGGCUUGAAAUCUGAGCCUAAGCCUGUGGAGAUUUUUACAGCAUGUUUGUUAGCCUGUUUUCUUCUGCUCUUAACUCUGUGUGAUUUUUCUGCCUGUCUCUCUGUCCAGCAACUUAGAUAACAAUUUGGACUGAAAGCAGUGUUAAAAUACCAGCUUAUGUUUCUCAGUGGGACCUGACUGACAUCUUCGAAAUUAUUGAAUGAUAAACUGCUAUUGUAUAUUUUAUACUACUCAUCCGGUGAUAUCAUCCUGUUGUGAGAUCAUUGCAUGCCUAAGCAUGCCCUUUCUUACGCAAUGAUUUAUGAGAUUGUUUCCAAGUUAUGUGGAAAAUUAAUAAAAUGUUUGAGGUUACGC